AUGGUUAUUUCUCCCCUUAGGGUCAAGAAACGGGAUGAGGAAGAAUUGGCCUCGAACGCGGUAUUUUGUGCUCUCAGGAAGCAGUUGAGUGGAAACAUGAUGCUUAGGUUCUGUCCCGUCCAUGAGCCAAGCAUUCAGACUGAUGAGAAGAGAGUCUUUGAAUUACACCGAGACAUACUUCAUGCUGUCUUCAUGCCCUUGAAGCAGCUUGUCCUUCACGCAACUGACGUAGCAUCCCGUUCGCUCCCGGGUUGCCUUGCACUAGACCCGGAGAGGGCCUUCCACGGUGAAGCGCGUAACGCAUUUGCAUGGCUUCGCUCUAUUAUUACCGACGAGCCUGACUGGUGCACGACCAACGGCUGUCCUGCCUGUGUUGUCCUUCACAUAUUUCACUCUGAGCCGUUGAUACGCAUAGUAUCUGUUGCCUGUAGAGUAUCCAAUUGGAUGUCCCAUGUCGGACUCAUGGAGCAGGGCAUGCGGCUACCCAAUUUCAAUUUCUGGCUAACGGCGCUUGCGAAGGCGGUUAUCAGUGACUAUUUCUGGGGCUAUGAUUAUUGGAUGGAGACAUACGACCGGUCAGUAUACAUGGACCUGAGUACGAGAAAGCUCGUCUAUCAGUGCUUCGAGAUACGUGAUGCCGGCUAUAAAAUUUCUCAUAGGCCGCCGGACUAUGACCCAGGCACCACCCUGGAUGGCAGGCCUAGGAUCCAUGUUGAAGAUAGCCCACAGCCUCUAUUCCUGCCCGAGGAGAAUAUUGAGCAGGAGAAAUGGGAGGAGCUCGUCUUGAUGGCGAAGAAGAACAAAUCUCGUUCUCAUCUGCUACCUCGCACUGGAGGCCAAGGGUUUAGUCCGCGAAAGCACGGUAGAAAUACAGCUGUUGCUGUGUAA